GGACCGUUGGAUCCAACCAAAACAAAAAAAAAACGUUUCAAAGGGUUCGAAGAGCAUACAAAGCAAAUAUCUAAUCUAUAACCCUUCAGGCGCGAUACCUUAAACCCUAACGACAAUGGCGACGCUGCUUAGACUCGACACAUCCACCACUUUUCUCGCUUUCACCUCUCCCCGUGCCGGUACGGCGUCGAACCAUCGGUUCGCCUCUGCUACUCGCAGUAGAGCCACAGUCUCCGUCAGAAGGAAAACGUCGCCGUUCUAUCCCUCCUCCUCCACGGUUUACUCUGACAACCGUCGGAAACCAUUCUCGGCCUCUGCUACCUCGCUGGCUGUUGUGGAGACCGAAGACCCCUUCGAUGUUCCCACUGAGCUUACCCCUGACAAUCGGAUUCCCGCCACUAUUAUCACUGGCUUCCUCGGCUCUGGUAAGACGACAUUGCUAAACCAUAUAUUGACUGGAGAUCAUGGGAAGCGUAUAGCUGUGAUAGAGAACGAGUUUGGUGAAGUCGACAUUGAUGGAUCCCUUGUGGCAGCUAAAACUGCUGGAGCUGAGGAUAUAAUAUUGCUUAACAAUGGAUGUCUCUGUUGUACAGUCAGGGGCGAUCUUGUCAGGAUGAUUUCUGAAUUGGUCAGCAAGAAGAAAGGAAGGUUUGACCAUAUUGUCAUUGAGACAACAGGAUUGGCGAAUCCAGCCCCGAUUAUUCAGACAUUCUAUGCUGAGGAUGAUAUCUUCAACGAUGUCAAACUUGACGGGGUUGUUACUCUGGUUGAUGCUAAACAUGCUCGUUUGCAUCUAGAUGAGGUUAAACCCGAAGGCUUUGUCAAUGAGGCGGUUGAACAAAUUGCUUACGCUGAUCGUAUCAUAGUUAACAAGACUGAUAUUGUUGGUGAGCAAGAACUAGAUUCAGUGAUGCAGCGGAUAAAGACCAUAAAUAGCAUGGCUCACAUGAAGCGAACAAAGUAUGGGAAGGUUGACUUGGAUUAUGUUCUUGGAAUUGGAGGUUUCGAUCUAGAAAGAAUUGAGAACUCUGUGAAUGAAGAAGAGAAGGAAGAUCACGAUGAUCAUCACCAUGACCAUGACCAUAGUCAUGACUGCCAUGAUCACCACAAGGAGCAUGAUCAUGAACACGGGCAUCACGAUUCUCAUGAUCAUACGCAUGACCCUGGUGUUUCUUCAGUCAGUUUAGUUUGCGAAGGAGACUUAGACCUCGAGAAGGCUAACAUGUGGCUUGGAGCUCUGUUGUACCAACGUAGUGAGGAUAUCUACAGAAUGAAAGGUAUCCUCUCCGUCCAAGACAUGGAGGAGAGAUUCGUGUUUCAGGGAGUCCAUGAAAUAUUUGAAGGAUCACCGGACCGGUUAUGGCAAAAAGAUGAGACAAGAACCAACAAGAUCGUUUUCAUCGGCAAGAAUUUGAACCGGGAGGAGUUAGAGAUGGGUUUCAGAGCUUGCUUGGUUUGAUUAUUAAGAAGACGAAUAUGAAAAACACACUAAACGCUUUUAUUAUUUUCACACUUCAGUAUUUCCAAAAAGGAAACAACAGUUUAUUUCGAUUCUAACGUAAUCCACCAAAACCUACAAUUUUUUUUUAAAA